GCAAGCUGCCAGAAGCGCUCGCCAGAGAGCACUGUAUACAUUGAAUAUUCUGCUCCGCCUGAGUCCCGCGGUGAAAACUAAACGGAGAAAAAACAAUCAUCCGCUGCAGAUUGAAAAGAUUACCUCAUAGAAAAAUACGGCGAUAUCGGUGGAAAUUUGCCGCCCAGACACCACGGUUCACAUUCAGACUACUCGGACGGGAUGAAGACAUAAGCUCGGAUAAGCCGGGAGCUUCUGUUGCAGUCCAGAAGCUGAAAGGAGGAUUAACGGGUCGGACAGACGUAAUAGUUAACACGGAGUCCGACAAUCACCCAGACAUCGACAUCCGCGGCACAGGAACAACGCCAAGGAACGAUGCUGUUAGCGCUGGCACUGACGGGGUUCUGCGCCCUGGUAACGGCUCUGCCGACCCCGGUCACUAGAUAUGACGGUCACAAGGUCAUACGCAUGGUAGCCAAGACUCAGGAAGAACUCGAGAAAAUACGCAGUUUUAUACAUGCUGAGGAGGAACGCGGCCUCGAUGUCUGGGCCAAUCCAAAGGGAGUCGGAGGCUUUGCCGACAUCCGCUUGCCCGCCCACCAAGUGGAAUCCACGCUGAAAAAACUCUCAGACGACGGCUUGAAACACAAGACACUGAUUGAUGAUCUUCAAAAGUGAGUAGGAGUUCAUCGGUA